AUGAACCCCCUUCCUUUCCCAUCUACCCCAUUUACACUCCCCCAUCGUCCCCUUCACACAGGUAACUCUGAGUUUCCAACCCCGACACCCAACCGAUCAACCGCGACGCCGAUCCACGGGCCCACAACCGGCACAUUCCUCGCAAACCCAGCAAUCGUCCCUAAAAAGUCGCCAAACAGUAUAAAAAUCCCGUAUAGUUCGACAAGAAACCCAAUCAAUGGCCAACGUAGUAGGAUCAACAAGAGCCCGGCGAAGAAGGCAGCCGUUCCUUUGAGUUUCUGGCGACGGGCGAAGAAGAGGGCAGUUUUUUGGGGCCCGAUUAUUAUGGUGAGACCGAUGAGGAACAGGAUCUAUUAG